UGGGGUGUCUUUUUUCCUUUUACUCUCUUUUUCUUAAUAGCAUCGCUUUUAUUACUUUCCACUACGCUCCCUUUCAAACUCAAUUCCGGAUCUUAUCAUCGAAUCGAAUUUCGGUGAACUCACUACAAAAGAGCCUACUACCCCGAUUUCAUUGCUCCCCUCCGGCCCGAUUCAAUUUCAAACCGAGUCGAUCGAUCGAUUGAUCCACAGCCUCCGUACAGGCUUAGCCACGUUACGUUUUUAUUCUACCCCAUUGAUCGGUACGCUCGAGUCUGCGAAACCCGCCCCGACUUCCGAGGAGGAGACAAAGUAGACUGGAAAGAGAAAGUUAGCAAGGAAAAGGAAGGAACCAAAGAAAGAUAAUCUCAGUCAAAAUGGUCGCCGAUACCCUCGUCUACCACCCGUCGGUGGCGCACUACCUCAAGUUCGUUGCGACGACGGUCGGCCGCGACAAGCUGCUGCGCACGGUGCAGUACUUUGCGCGGUUCUACGCGUGGUACCUGUUGCGGACGAACGGGACGCGCGCCGAGAUCGCCCCCUUCGAGGCCAUCAAGAAGCAGUUCGGCCUCGUGCGCAAGAUCCUGCGCUUCGGCAAGAACGUCGAGCACUUCAAGGCGGCCGCCAUUGCCGCCGACUCGGUCAAGACGGCCGUCGGCGUCGGCGCCGAUCCCGUCCUGCGCUACACUGCGGUCGGCCGCCAGCUCGGCUACGCGGGAUACCUCACCCUGGACGCGACCACGGUGCUCGACGCCAUGGGUGCCAGACCGUGGGCGGGCGCCAAGCGCGCCCAGAAGGAGGCCUACCGGUUCUGGGCCAUGGGAUUGCUGUCCAGCGUGGUCGCGCAGCUGUACACCCUGUACCGGCUCCGGGAGCGCGAGGCCAAGGUCGAUCUGAAGGAGGGUGAGGGCGUGGUUGAGAGCAAGAGAAUUGCCUUGGAGAGAGCUGCGAGCCAAUUGCAACUCACGUCAGACCUCUGUGAUCUCACAGUCCCCACGUCGGCACUGGGCUGGAUCGGCUUCGACGAUGGCUUUGUUGGCUUGGCGGGAACUCUGAGUAGUUUGAUCGGCGUGUAUAUGCAAUGGAAGAAGACGGCGUGAACGGGCAGGGGAGAAUACUGACAGAGCCGUGGACUAGUUUCCUGAGAGGCCUGUAGGAGAAUAUGUAUAGGGGUGUGUGUGUGUUUGCGCGCGCAUUGUGGUAGGAGCACCUAGACUUUGGCAACAUUUUGUUCGUUCAUGUUUAGGAGCUUCGAAGCAAAGGAUGGGUGUAAUCACACAUUAACCUACAUUGAUGUUAUACAGUACAUUGCCUCGUGGCCCAGCUAACAGGGACAAGUCACACAGUUAAUGUACAAAUGUGGGAGUCAGUUGGGAGUUCAUGUUGAUUUCCUUAUACCUACGACUAGAUCAUUGAGAUUAUUAUUUCACUACGUAUCUGCCUACUUAGACAAGAUGGAGGGAGAGGGAUAAUGAAAGAGAGAGAGAGAGAGAGAUGGUGAUGGUGAUGGUGAUGGUGAUAGUGGGGAGGAAGGAGUUGUUAGAUUACCCCAAUAAGUGAGAAGAAGAAGUUGCUCUAUCAAGUACUAGGUAGUCAGUUAAAUUUCUUUGAAACGUUUACGUAACAUUGCUCGUACGGUUUAACGUUCACAGGGAUAUUCCUAUUCCGUACCUACAUAAGUUUGUUUGGACUGAAAAGCUUCAAUUUUCCUAGCUAAA